AUGAGUUCAGUGAAAAUUGUUCUUAGUGAAAAAGGAAAACAAUUGAUUGUGUUAAAUGGCUUCAAAUAUCGUUUUCACAAAUCUUUAAAGAAUAACGACAAGCGUUGGAUGUGUUGUGGGCAAACGAGAGAAAAAUGUAAAGCAUUUUUGAAAACCCAAGGUGACAACGUAGUGACGGAAAUUCGGGAUGAACACAACCAUAGAGAAUUAAACGAAGAUGCACUUAACCGUCAAAUGUUAAGUAACUCCUUAAAACGAAAGACCGUAGAAGACAUCGGUGAAAGACCUAUGAAAAUUUUGCAAAAGGAAUUACGAAAUGGAGAUGUUAGUACCUUGACUACCAAAGACGUGGCAUUGCAAGUUGAGAAAUGCAAUAAAAAACUCGCUUUAAGAACAGUAUUUGCAGAUUUUGAAGAAGCAAUUCAGCAAAGUGUCACUGAAGUUUGGACUAAUGUUUCAUUGAAGGGCUGCCGAUUCCAUUUAGGACAAUCCUGGUGGCGCAAAAUUCAGGCACUAGGUUUAACAUCCUUAUACAAAGACAAAGAGAGUGAUGUAGGAAAAUAUUUAACAUACUGCUUUGGAAUGCCAUUUCUCAACCCAGAAGAUGUAGGAGAUUGUUUUGUUGAAGCUUUAUCAUCAAUACAGCCACAAAAUCAUAGAAUAGUAGAAUUUGCGGACUAUCUGGUCGAUAAUUAUGUCUCAGAAUCUAAGUUUCCGCCAGAAAUAUGGGCGGAGAUGUCAAGCAGUUUACAACGGACGACGAACGCAUGUGAGAGUUUUCAUUCCAAGUUUAACUCGUCAUUUUAUUUUGCUCAUCCUCAUUUUUUUCAAUUUUUAACAGUUUUAAUAGACUUUCAAAGUGAAACGUAUGUUAAAAUUAGAAGUGUACAAAAAAAAGUAAAAAAAAAUUAUUCUGCACAAACCCUUACAUCAAAAAAAUUUGUAGAUGAACAAAUUUUAAAAUUAAAUAAUAGAUUAAUAUCAAAAUUUGAUUACCUCAAAAGUGUAGGAAAAAAAUUUAGAAUAGUUAAAUAG